AUAAGUAUAGAGUAGGUACGGAAGUGCCUCUCGAGCAGCCUAACAGAGAUGACAUCUCGCGCAUUUAUCCGUGUUUACCCUGGCACUGCGCUUUAGUGUUUUACUAACUGCCUUAUAUUCUUCUGUACCACCAAUAGAGUAUUAACAUGACUACGGGAAAUCGCAACUUGAAACUUCUAGACUACAUUUCAAAAAGCGGCGAUUGUGCUAUAGAUCGAUGUCUCGCUGCUGUCAUAGGCGGCAGCAUCGACGAAACUGACCAAAACGGCGAUACAGUCUUAAUCUCCGCCAUCAGAUAUCAGAACUUUCAAAUAGCGGAACAAUUGAUCAAGUAUGGUGCCGAAGUAAACGUUAAAAAUAACUGCUGCCGAACCGCAUUGCUAUACGCUGUAACCAACACGAGUGAUCUCGAUACCGUCAAGUUCGUACCCAAACUUUCUGUUCCUGAGACAGUAGAAACCUACUACUGGGUCGAGUCUUUGAACUUCGCCUUCGAAGCCAGGGACAACGAAGUGAUUCAGAAGCUGCGAAAGAGCCCGAAUUACGAUAGUGACAGACUCAGCCUCGUGAAGAUGCUGCUGAGUGCCGGAGCCGAGGUCAAUCACAGAGACAUCAACGGCUGCUCGCCGAUCCAGUGCGCCGUCUACACAGGUGAUGUCGAGCUUCUGAAAACUCUGAUCGACGCUGGUGCUGACAUCGAGAGCCAAAACUGUCUCGGCGUCACAGCGUUACACGACGCAAUCUUGUGUCGCAACAAGGAAAUGGUUGAUUUGCUGUUGACUCACGGACUUCACGCCUGUGGCAGAUCAUGGGCGUACCUCGACCUCAAGACUGUCAAAGGCAACACUCCGUUGCACUGGGCCGCGCUGUUUAACAGAUACUACAGUCACGCGGACAUCAUUAAGGAGCUACUGGAGCAUCAUCCCGUUGAUUUGGACAUUCGGAACGCAAGAGGCCAGACACCUUUCCAUUUUAUUAUUAUGAACGGCGGCAUAAAUUUGGUGAUAGAUUUCAUUAUGCACAAGUCGAACUUGGAAAUGGAAGAUCGUGACGGAAUGAACGCUUGCCAUUACGCGAACCAUAAUGAGGAUAAAGCUGACGUUAUCAACGCGGUAUGGGACAUUGAAAACAUACAUACGAUAGUGAAAUAUCAAAAACAAUCAGCGCUGCAUUUAGCAAGCCGAUUCCUCAAGCCGGUUUACAUUCGCUAUUUUAUCGACAGGGGUGCAGACGUUAACGCGACUGACAGCAGUGGCGCUACACCAUUAUUUUUAUGCUUAUAUACCUAUUCACUUUCACAAAUCGAAUCAAAAUCCAUGGAUGAAUAUAGACAGACGAUAAGCCUGCUUCUCGAGUGCGGUAGCGACAUCAACAUGAAGAUUCGUCAUAGGGGGGCAGAUGAGAAGACCAUCUUCCAGAUGGCGAUCGAAGGAAGAGACGUUGAUGCGAUUCGCUCGAUAUUCGAGCACGUAGCUGCAAUAGAAGCGAAGACUAACAAGCCAGUGUUCGACGCCAACAAUCUGGCGGUGCUAAAGAAAAAUCCGUUGAACAAGGAUCACUACGGCAAGUGCCGAGCCGAGCUUGAAGCCAUGAAAAAUCAUAAGAUUAAUAAUACGCUGUGUACCUACUUCGCUAUAUUAACAGAGCCGGUGAAGGUGCUGGCUCGGUACGUGAGAAAUAAGACAGUGGUUGAAGAGUUCCGAAAGAGCGAUUAUGCUUUCGCUUAUCCGAUUUAUAAAUCGCGGUUAAGGGAAAAAAUCGAGGCGGCUGUGAUUAAAGAACAGAUGAUCGAAACCGCGUGUACUAUAUUGAGUACAACGCUUCAAUUCGGUAAUCCGAGUGAUUUGUUUUAUGAAAUUAUAACUUAUAAAUAUUUCUCGGAUGCGGAUCUCAAGUUUCUUAUUCAUAACGCUAGUGAUGAAUAAUUGCAAAUUAAAAUGUGAAAAAAAGAUUUUUCUAUUGGUUGUGUA